AGUGGCACUUUUUAAAAGUGCAGCCCGAGGCCAACCCGCAGCUUCCAGCACCUCUGUCCAGCGCCGGAUCCCUCCUGUCCCAACCGCGCGCACGUCCCCGUCCCAAACCAGUCCGGUCCAGGCUAAUUCAUCCCGCACCAUGCCGGUUAAAGGAGGUACCAAGUGCAUCAAAUACCUGCUCUUCGGAUUUAACUUCAUCUUCUGGCUUGCUGGGAUUGCAGUCCUUGCCAUUGGACUAUGGCUCCGAUUUGACUCUCAGACCAAGAGCAUCUUCGAUCAAGAAACUAAUAAUUCCAGCUUCUACACAGGAGUUUACAUUCUGAUUGGAGCUGGGGCCCUUAUGAUGCUGGUGGGCUUCCUGGGCUGCUGUGGGGCCGUGCAAGAGUCCCAGUGCAUGUUGGGAUUGUUCUUUGGCUUCCUCUUGGUGAUAUUUGCCAUUGAAAUAGCUGCAGCCAUCUGGGGCUAUUCACACAAGGAUGAGGUGAUUAAGGAAGUCCAGGAAUUUUACAAGGACACCUACAACAAGCUCAAGACCAAGGACGAGCCCCAGCGGGAUACACUGAAAGCCAUCCACUACGCGUUGGACUGCUGUGGUUUGGCUGGAGGUGUGGAGCAGUUCAUCUCGGACAUCUGCCCCAAAAAGGACAUUCUCGAAAGCAUCCAAGUUAAGUCCUGCCCUGAGGCCAUCAAAGAGGUCUUCGACAACAAGUUCCACAUCAUUGGUGCGGUGGGCAUCGGCAUCGCAGUGGUGAUGAUAUUUGGCAUGAUCUUCAGUAUGAUCUUGUGCUGUGCUAUCCGCAGGAGCCGCGAGAUGGUCUAGAGUCAGCUCACAACCCUGAGCAGGAAAAUCCACCCCCGAAGAUUGUGGGGGGUUUUUUGGUUUUUUUGGCCACUAACGUUAGCAUCCAUUCUGCAUUUCUAAACAAAAGUUAUUCUGUGUUUGUCAUUUUAAUGCUUUAUUCAACAUUGACAUUUGUAGUUGAGGGAUUUGGGGGUUUGGUUUGCUUUGGUUUAUAUUUUUGUUGUUGUUUAUUUUUGCUUGUAUGUUAGCAGAAAUCCUGCAAUGAAAGGUACUAUAUUUGCUAGACUCUAGACAACAGAUAUUGUACAUAAAGAGAAUUUUUUUGUCUUAAAUAGAUAAAAAUGUCUAUCAAAUUUAAUCAGGUUGUAACUUAUAUUGAAGACAAUUUGAUACAUAAUAAAAGAUUAUGACAAUA